CACAAUUACAAGUGUACCCUCAAUCCCCGGAUAGAACGAUCCCUAUUUGCUUAUACUACUAACGAUAUUUCAGGGUUAAAUUGUGCGCUCCCAUGAGCGCCAUCACCAAGCCGGCAUCGUAAUCCGUGAACCACCUCAGGAAGGGAGUGUGCCGCGCCCUGGCCGCCGCACAAACAGUGCUUCGCCGGCCGCUGAACCAACUGGGAAACAGAAGGCAGUGCUUGCUGAAGCUGCAGCUGAGGAUCAAUCUUCUUCUUCUGAUGACGACGACCUACAAACUGUCAUGGCUGCUAUAGCCCGCAAGCGUAGUCGCUCAGAUACUUAUGCUGAUCCCUGGGAAGGAGAUGAACCAAUGGCUGACCGACUGGUAAGAGACCAAGAGCCUAUGUUGGAAACUAUCACUAUUUCUGCCCAAAAUGUCUCACACCCUUCUCCUUUACAGGUUCGUCGCAGGUCAUCUACAUACGCUGGGGAAGGCUCUUCUGUAACUCAAGGGACAACCGCUUCGCGAGCGCCACCACCUGUGGGACCUGAAAAUCUUCCUCCUUCCGCCAGCACUGAUGGUGGCUCGGCCUCUAUUCCGGUACAGAUCAUAGAGGAUAGUUCCGAUGAAACGGAAGAGAAUCCUCCCCUUUCGGACGUCCCACAUGAGGACCCGAUUGCCACACAACCACUAGCGCUCGCGUCACCUGCUCGCAGCUCUGAUGAGGAAGUUCAAGAACCCGCACCCGCAAACAUCCCAGACGAGGGCCCUGUCGCGGAGAUAAUCUUAGUUGAAAAUUUGUGCCUUAGUUCCUGUUCUUUAUUAUAUACUUGACCGCCUCUCCUCACUGCAGAGUGAUGUCCCUGUUGAGGAGGUCGCCGUCGCCGGCCUCACUGAGGGGGUCGCUGUUGCUGAUCCUGCUGAAAUCGCUGAUGAAGACAUGGCAGAUCAGGAACCUGCCCCGCAGGUUCCAGAAGUAGGUGCUGAUCUAAACGCUGCACCAGCACAAGUCGCGGCCCCGAUCGUCGAGCCCCCAGCAGGCCCUGCUGCCGCUGUUAAUGUUGAAAUCAUCGCUGAAGUUCCUCCUCCCACGCCUCCUAAUAGGCUGGAGAGACUUGUCCGCAUACUAGAAGUGGCUCCUCCAGGGGUCGCGGAUGAAGCGAGGGACAAUCUGCAGCGACUCUUGGGUCCUGACAUUUUACUGCCAGGCGCAGCUGCCAGAGCUCAAGAAUAUCUGAUGGUACUUCGCCGCGAACGUACCAUCACUGAAGAUGAAUUUGUUGAAACAUAUGACCUCCUGCAAAACCUUCCUGCGCGGAUUAACGAAAGGACGACCGCGGCUGCACAGUUCAGGCAAGUUCAGGCUCACUAUCGCGGCCUUGCACAACAGGCAGAGGCAUCCCGCGACUCCCUAGGUGAUCAAGCGCUUUGUGUCAGGGAUCUGAGGAUUUCACAGAACCACCUUCGGACCCACAUUCAAGGCCUCCAAGCCCAACUAGUCGAAGCCGAGGCCCAAUUAGUGACGGUUACGGCCCAACUGGCGCAAGAGGAGCCCCAGAUAGAACAGCCCUUAACGGCGCUAGAAGCGAUGUCUCAGAACUUGGCUCAAGCGCGCGAUACAGUUCGACUGGCAGAGCGCGCUGCUGCCGAUGCUAGCUUUCGUCUAGAUGAGCAUUUGCUUCGCUUGACCCAUGCAGGUCGAAAGCUUUAUGCCUCUUGCUUUAGGCCCAUUCUACUUUGUAUAAGGAUAUGUUUUUUAAUACAUACAACAUUUAGCCCGCUUUGCUCGGCCCAAAUAUUAUUUAGGGUUUACCAAUUAAUGACAAACAAAACCGUUGAAAGGAUAAUCCCAUUUUGGGCGGUUGCUUCCUUGGAGACCGUCCUGCUUCCCACGCGUUUUCAAUAUCUUCCAUUUCUGAGAUAA